AUGGAAAUUAAAGUUAGAAUUUCCCGCGUUUCAUGCAGUACAUUUGCCUCUUUUUCAUCUACAGAAAAUGGUGGAACCAUUGGAAUCUCAAAUUCAAAAAUUCCAAUUGAAAUUCAGAAUUGUAAUUUUAUUAAUAGCACAUCUUCACUGGAAGGUGGGGCGAUAUACAUUAAUAAUAGCGAAAUAAGCUUAUCAUAUAACUAUUUUUAUGGAUGCACCUCAAAUUGUAAAGAAAACGGAAAAUACGGAAAUGCGAUGCUUGUAAGUCAGACUCAAUCUGAUUUUAAUGAAUCUUCUUGUUACAUGUGUGCUAAAGAUAGUACAAUGUAUUCUGAUACCUGCGUUUGCUCCACAUUUUGUAAAUUUAUUACAGUUUCCUGCAAUGGAACAAAUAACUUCGGACAAGAAGGCUCUGGCUGCAUAGGAAUUCACGAUUCGAAACCAGGCUCAUAUGUAAAAUUUAAUAGAGUUUAUAAAUGCUUUGAUAGGUUUUAUAUUGAAUUUGAAAGACCUGUUGUUACCGCAUCAUUUUGUGAAUUUAUUGAUGCAACUGGACAAAUUAGUUCAUAUUCUUUAGUAGAGUGUACUGCUUCAUUCGAAAAUUGCGUAUUUAUUGAUGCACUAAAUAACGAUCCAUUUCUAGUAGGAGAAGUUCACGUGCAGUUUAUAAAUUGUACAUCAAAUAAAAAUCAUCCAGGCAUGACACAUAAAUCACUCGAUAAAUCAGAUUUUCAAAUUACAUAUUCCUCUAAUCAAAUUGUUUGUAAUCAAGUUGCCUGUUCAAAUUUUGUUAGCCCAUAUAUGAUCUACUUAGAAUCUCUCUUCACAUUACUUUCACUUCAAUAA